AGCCGUUGGAGAUCAAACGCGUUAAAGUGCGACGCGUCUUGCCGUUUACCAUAAGCGAACUCUUGCCUCAAACAGAAAAAGAACAACAUCAGUCCAUCGAUAACGUCAAUCCAGCUCACGAUGCUGUCGCUCGAGCAUGCACGACCGUGCCGUCGUCUUGCUACAGCUGAAACCAUGUUUGGCCGAACUCCUUCGAACCUGCGUGCAACCCCAAAAUCCCAUUGUCCGGGUCGAACACGUUUUCGGGCAAGCGCUCCCACGUAGCCACAGAAACGCAGCUGCACACGAGCAAGACGGCAAUGCUGAUCAUGCUUCUGACGGCAAACAAUCCGACAAGGCUGUAACUAGCUGUCUGCGUCUUGUGCUAUCAGAUGGGCACCUCCAAAUUCACGCCGUACUAGCGAGACAUCUACACACGAGAGAGUUGUUGGAGCUACAACGAGGAGACCUAGUCCGGACCAAGAAAUUCCAUCUGAGAAAGGCUGCCCGUCUUAACGGCCAAGGGAGAGUGAUAUACCUUGGUGUUGAAAAUUGCGAGUGGGUGGGAAGAGAGCUGUCCGAAGAACCACAAUUCGAGUCCGAGGGAGAAUUCCUUCGGGAGGAGGCAGAUACGACCGACAUGCCACCCAAGCCACUGUCCAGCUCCAAUGAUACAAUUUUGGAUCUCGACCUCAUGAAGAAAAGAAGCAUCGAUGCCAUGGGAUCAGGACGCAAGCAUGGCAAGAUAGGUCGGACUGAGCUGCAAUUGCCUGGCGCUUGCAUAUCUACGCCCCAGAAAAGACCUCGCAAUAACGGGUGCGAGUCUGACGACGAUGAGGACUCCUUCGAGACCAUCACGGUGACCCCAUUAAAGAUGGAAAAGAGAAGGAAUGUGCUUCGUCAAAUCAGCCAGGAUACACAUAAUAUUCAGCACGACUCCUCCGACCUUGAAGCAAACAAUCCGCCGCAGAUCAAUGACGACGCUCAGUCCAUGAUGCCGUGUCGAACAGCACAGCCAACAGACGAUUUCAUUGCUUUAUAUGGUGCGCAGAACCAUGAAGUAAAGAUCAAACCGCCACCUGCGUUUGCCAUCACCGCACCGGUUCACACCCUCUCUUCUCUUCUCGAUCCAAAAUCAACCCUUCCACGACGCAGCUACACAUGCACGAUCCUAGCAGUGGUGAGCUGGGUGUCACCAUCGACGAUCCACAAAGCCAACACGCCGUUCCCACCAAAGCGGCAUGUCAAAGUCCAUGAUCCGACCAUCUCGAGUCGUCAAGCGGGCGUUACGCUAGCCGUGUACGUCGAUGCAAAGAAUUUCUUGCCCGAAGUCGGGACCAUCGCAUUGCUGCAAGGCGUUGUCAUGCAGAGGUUCGGAGACGAUAUCAUCCUGAACAAGUACGCUACUCCCAUUGACGACAAAGCUGACCACAACCGUUGCGACUGGUUCGUCACGGACGAGGAACUGCUGAUCCGAAUGGGAUUCGACAUGCUCACGAUGAGAGGCUGGUGGCAAGAAAGGGCCAGCAAAAAGACAUAAGUGAUGACACACUAGAAAUUCCUGGACACAGCACCAACUAUGGUAAAUACUUGACGCUCUGCGCCUGGAAAUCAUGCCUUUGGCUGUUUCACUCAUAAUCUCCAGCUCGCUAUUUAUAUCAAAUUGUCACCAAAUAGCAGCUCGAAUCCCUGCCCAAUGGACUCUUCGUAUCUCCACAC